AUGAUUCCUCAUCGGAGUACAGGACUAUUGGCAAUUAUUGUUUUCGUCGCGCUUCUCCUCUUCAUCUUCUCAUCCUCUCCCAUCCCUGAUCCAACCGUCGAAGAGGUGGGAGAACCGUCAGGGGCCGCUAAAUAUGUCCCCCAUCCGAAGCUCCCAUCAUUGAGCGACAUUCAUUUACCUAACAACAUUCAUUUGCCGUCGUUCCGGGCCCCUUCGCACGAGGCUCCGCCCGAGCAAACAAACAGCACCAGCGGCGAAUCUAAAUGGUUUAGCAAUUGGGAAUGGCUGAACCCAUUCUCUUCGGCCAUUACGCUGGAUGAGAGCCGCUCCGUCCUCCCUCCGUUACCCGAGCGCCGCGCGAUAUACACAUACUAUAACCCCAAGUUCAACCCCAAAAAGCAUUACGGCAAGGACCUUAAGGAGGACCAGAAUGCGGACGAGGAGCUUCUUCUCGCCUGGCGCCGGGCCUGGUACGCGCAGGGAUUCCGACCGAUCGUCUUGACCCCCGGAGACGCGAUGGAAAACCCACACUACGAAGUCGUGCAGAAACUAAAACUCAGCGCUGAGAUGGAAAACGAGGUGUUUCGGUGGUUGGCGUGGGGGCACAUGGGAAGUGGACUGCUUGCUGACUUCACUUGCUUCCCCAUGGGACGAUAUGAUGAUAACCUCCUGUCGUACCUGCGACGGGGCAGCCAGCCCGAGGUCAUUACGCGCUUUGAAAAUUUCCAAGGUGGUCUCUACUCGGCGGAGAAACACCGUAUUAUGGAAGCAAUUAACGGCGCGGUGAAGAAAUUGGACGACCAGACUAAAUCGUUCCCUGAGUUGAUGCCUGCCGAGUUAUUCAAGGUCGAGCAACCGAGCUCCCUGGCAUACUACAAGUCUGGCACUGUCCACUCGAAGUACCCGGGCGUGCAUGAGAAGACUAGCCAGAACCCUGCAAGUGGCCGACUUCAGCUGGUGCAACUGAUCAAUGGACACCUCCAAAACACUUUCCAGAAUUCCUACCCCGCUGGCUUGGCCGUGCUGAAGCCUUUCCCGAAACACACCACUGCUCUGGUUGAGCCCGCAUUGCGGUUGGCCAAGGCGCUCAUCCAGUGCCCCGAGUCUCCUAUGCCGGACUCCUGCCCGCCCAACAAUCAAGAUUGCCGUCCUUGCGGCUCCGCAAAGCAGCCCAUGCGUAUCAGCCAGCCCUCCAGCUUCAAAAACACAUCGUUCCUCUUCACCAUCGGCACACUCCCUCACCCCUACACCCUGAUCAGUCUGCAGAAGGAAUCCGAGGAAGUGAGCACGCAGGAUAUCCGCCGUACAACCGAGCGCGAUGCGUGGUUGGGCGAAGUGACCAAGGAGCAUCUUGGCGAGGAACUGGGUGGUUCAUUCCGGGGUGUCGUCUUCAAGCAGGUCGUGGCUGGAGACCAGGCCGUUUCCAACUCUUUGUGGAUGACUGUCGAAUCCCUACCUGCGGAGGCGGGUCAAAGCUUGCCUCCCGACCUGCUGGAUGAGUUCGAGUGGCAAUUCGGAUUCAAGAUUCCCCGCGGAGGUGCCAUCGACCCCAACACUGCCGGAGACAAGGAGAGCGUGCAGAACAAGAAUCCCAGCCAGCAGGGGGUUGGCCGAGAGUAUGAGCUCAUCAAGAAGGCUCGAGAGAUCAUUACGAGCAAGGAUACCAACCGGAUUGGCGUCAAGGACGUCGCCGAAGCCUGGAAUAUGGCGGAUACCGAAGUCUGGCGAUUCGUGAAAGCUUAUCGCGCUCGCAGUGUGGUCGAGCGCAAGCAGUGGCAGGAGCAGGAGAAGUCAUUUGCCGGCUCCAAGCCGUGAAUUUAGUUGUCUUUGCUAUGUUGCUUGUAUGUACUUUGUAGAGCAUUCCCGGCGCAAUGAAAG